AUGCGUGACAAGUGUUUCGAACUGGGAAUCAAAUGGAAGUUUAAUCCGCCCAGUGCACCGCAUUUCGGUGGUUUGCAGGAAGCUGGUGUGAAAUCAGUAAAACAUCAUUUAAAAAGAGUGAUUGGAGAAUUCACGCCGACAGGGGAAGAGAUGCAGACAUUGCUUUGCAAGAUCGAGGCUAGUUUAAAUUCACGCCCGAUCGCCCCACUUAGUGACUGUGCAGAUGAUUCGGCGCUUACGCCAGGUCAUUUUUUAAUUGGCGCGCCGUUAAAUGCACUGCCUAAGGAGUCCGUGGAAAACGAGAAUCUCUUGUGUUUAACGCUGUGGAAGAAGUUCAACGCUUUUGAGAAGGUUUUGAAACUGGCACCUACCAGCCCAGAGAGUGACCAGAUGGACGAACAGGCGACGCCUACAAAAAAAGCGGAAGCGCAGUCCGCGAAAUUAUCGCAUUCCCAAGCGGACGCAGCCGACCCCGGAAAACACUCCGGAGAGGCAACAAACUCCGGAGCCCCGGAUCCAGCCUCCGCUAGGAAAUACAUGUUCCGAUGGAACAAAGAGGGACGCUUGACGUCAUUGACGUUCAACGACAACCCUCCGUCGACGUCCACCUCCGAGGACAAGCAGAGCGAGGCCGCUGGUUCCAAAAGGAAGCCAAAGCGGGAACCGGACACCAAGGCGCAACCAAAAAGGAAGAAAAGUCAUCGGAGGACUCGCGCGAGGACACCCUCGCCGCCGCGACGGGAGCAGCCUCGACGAGAUCGAGAUCGAGACCGGGACUCGCAAAAUUCCUACAAAAGUCACUCGACGCCUGGAAUAAGCGAGAAGCAACCCCACAAGAUGUUCUCAGGAAAAAGAUUUCGUGAUGAAAGCAGUGAGAAUUGUGCUAAUAAUUUUGCUAACGAAAGUGACAGUAGUGACGAUAUAUGUCGUGUUCGAAGAAAGUGUAGGCGAUUAGUUAUUGAUGAUAUAUCCGAUGAAGAUCAACUACCAGAGUCCUGGCUUUGGAACGAAAUAAGAAAUAGUCCAAAAAUCUGGGACUAUACGAUGACCCCUGGCAUAAGAGAGGCAGCCUUAUGUCAAUUAGGAGGAAGUAGAAAAGAAUUUGAUAUAUUUAAUCUAAUAUUUGAUGACAUAUUCUGGAACAAUAUUGUAACCGAAACUAACCAGUAUGCAGAUCAAAUACGAACGAAUCCACAUAGAACACGAAAAAUCGACGACACUUGGUUUCCUGUAGAUUCUACCGAAAUUAAAAGAUAUUUCGCAUUGACCAUAAUAAUGGCACAGGUAAAAAAACCAAGAAUACAAAUGAAUUGGUCGAAGAGGGCUGUUAUCGAAACGCCGAUAUUUAGAAAAUCAAUGCCUUUGAAAAGAUAUCUGCAAAUUACAAGGUGUUUACAUUUCUCAAAUAAUAAUCUGGUUGCCAAUACAGAUAAAUUGAGCAAGAUUAAACCUGUGAUCAAUUUUUUGAACCAAAAAUUUAAAGAAGUGUAUAUAAUGAAAGAAGAGAUUGCAAUUGAUGAAUCGCUCAUGAAAUUCAAGGGGCGCCUAUCUUAUAAGCAAUUUAACCCAUCAAAAAGGGCAAGGUUUGGCGUUAAAUUUUAUAAAUUAUGUGAGUCCGAUUCAGGCUAUUGCUAUGAAUUUAAAAUAUAUACAGGCCGCGAUAAAACAAACUGUGAUGAUAGCGCUUCGGAAAGUGUUGUCAAAGAGCUUUCUGAGUCAGUGUUGCACAGGGGUCACACUUUAUACAUAGACAACUGGUAUUCUUCCCCAAAAUUAUUUAUGACAUUAUCAUAUAAAUAUAAAACAAAUGUAAUUGGCACAGUACGUGAGAAUAGGAAGCAUAUGCCAAAAGAUUUGUGCAAUGUAAAAUUAAAAAGGAGGGAAUACGCAAUAAGAAGCUGCAACAGAAUACUCGCUAUAAAAUGGAAAGACAAGCGAGAUGUUUAUAUUAUGUCGACAAAACAUGAAACAGUCGAAAUGACUACAAAACCAAAUUGUAUUACAGAGUACAACAAGGGAAUGAAUGGAACUGAUCUCCAAGACCAAAUAUCAGCAGUAAUGAGGAAAUACAUGAAAGGAUAUAAAAAUUUUUUUUAUCUGUUCGAUAUUGGUCUUUUUAACUCUUACAUUUUAUGGAAAAAAAUAAAUAACGGGAAGAAACAAUGUUACGUCGACUAUAGGAUCGACAUAGCCGAAUAUCUACUGAAGAAUAUGCCAAAACCGAAUGAUAGAGAACGAGGCGAAUUAUCUUCCGGAGAUGCGCCAGAGAGACUGCACGCGAAGCAUUGGGCUCAUUUUCCAAAGCACAUUGAUCCUACAGCAUCAAAAUUAAGACCGUCAAAAUCUUGUAGAAUUUGCCAAAAAAAUUAAAAACGUAGAGAAACAACGUGGGAGUGUAAAGUUCCUUUACAUGCACCAGAAUGCUUCGAAUUAUAUCACACCAUUGCAGAUUAUUAA